UUCCGUUUUUAGGUAGCCCACUCGAAGUUUGUCAUCUCUUUAACCGCUUUUCACGGCCACUCUUAUUUUUUUAAUGUGAUUGCACCAAUCAUUCGUACAAUCAGGUGCCGACCAAUACUUUGACGAGACUUAGUGUGAGUUAACAUGGAGCAGAAAACGUAUGGACUGCUAUAUCUUGUUGUAUUAAUCAUGGCCACCACCCGACAUUCCGAUGCACAGCAAGUCAACACUACAAGUGGUCUAGUACAGGGAACUACGGUACAAUUUCACAAUACGUCCGUGAGUAUUUAUAAAGGAAUACACUACGCCGAGGCACCUAUCAAUGAGUUGCGAUUUAGUUCUCCACAGCCAUAUGCAUAUCGACAAGGUGUGUACAACGCGACACAGUUUGGACCAUCAUGUCCACAACCACGAGACUUCUUGUAUGAUUUACCUAACGAUCGCACAGAAGAGGACUGUUUGCUGCUUAAUGUUUACGUGCCAGAAACAGCCACAGUCAACAAUUCCUUGGCUGUAAUGGUUUGGAUACAUGGCGGUGGUUUUGUAGUCGGUCAAGGAAAGAUUUACAAUGCUGUGCCAUUGACUGUUUAUGGUAAUAUUAUCGUUGUUACCAUAAAUUACAGGCUUGGUAUUUUGGGGUCACUGACAACUGGCGAUGAACUUGCCAAGGGAAACUACGCCUUCAAAGACCAACAGUUAGCCUUGCGAUGGAUAAAGGAUAAUAUUGGUAACUUUCACGGGAAUCCCAAUCAGAUUACUAUCGCUGGUGAAUCCGCUGGAGCGACCAGUGUUAUGUACCAAAUGUUGUCUCCUUCAAAUGAGGGUCUAUUUCAACGAGGGAUAGCGAUGAGUACGUAUUUCACACCACAAUCACGACCACACCACCCUCCACAAGCAGCAGAAUUUUACAUCAGGGUCGCAUCAAUUGUGGGUUGUUACAACAGUACCGUGGGAGAUGUCGGUGCACAGCCUCCCCCACCUCCAAACAGUGAAGCUAUUCUGCAGUGUUUGAGGGCUGUGUCGGCCGAUGAUCUGAUCUCCGCUGCAUUGUCCAUACCACUGCUUCUCUCAAAAGUUCCAUAUGGGGUAGUUAUCGAUGACGAGUAUUUUCCACAUUCCGUGCGAACAAUGAUUGAGUAUUCUGAUCUAAAUAAAUAUGAUUUGAUGAUAGGCACUGUGGACCAGGAAGGGUUAGUGUUUGCUAUUAACAUUGGUCCGUCUAUUGCUGAAGGAUUGUCACUGGAGACAUAUAAGGUAUUGUUACAAGAUUUAUCAGCUUCAUACACAUCUGGUGUACCUGAAGCUGCUUCAUCGAUAACCCAACAGUACACAGACUGGGACAAUGUUGAUGACAAAAAUAUGAAUCGAUUGAACGGAUAUAUUAAUGCAGCGGGUGACAUCGCAUUUUGCCUCCCGAGUAUCUACUUUGCUAAUCGCCAUGCCACCGACAGUGAUGGAACCAAAUCGACAUACUAUUAUGAUUUCAAAACGUCUGUACCGAUGUCUUUUUAUGGAGAUAUAGCUACUACUGCGGGACAUGGCGAUGAAUUGGGAUAUUUGUUCUAUGACGAAGAUAGUCAGUUGUAUCAAUCUACGCCAUAUCGAGAUAUUCAACUAAGCCGUACUAUGAUAGAUUACUGGGCAAACUUUGUAAAAACUGGUAACCCUAACAACGGAACCACUGAGAUGAGCGUAGAGUGGCCCGAGUACACAACAGAAGAUCAGAAAUAUUUGGAAAUUAAACACAAUUUAUCGAUAGAGUCGAACCCUAAGAAAGAAGAAAUGAAUUUCUGGUUGAAAUACGUGAGUACCAUUGGUGAAGAUACUUGUAAUGCUAUAGUGCCACCUAUAUAUUCACCUGAUGGGCCCACGGCCCGGGAUCACUCAGAUAUCAAACCCAGUGUAAACACCACAUUUGGGAAUGUGGUAGGGUUCAGUAUUCAGUCACACGCUGCCACUGGUGGAAACAUAGUUGACGUAUUCCUUGGUAUUCCAUACGCUAAACCACCCACAGGAUCAAGGCGUUUUUCUUCACCACAACUUCCCUACCCUUGGAGUGAACUUAACGCCACGGAAUAUGCUCCGACUUGCCCUCAGCCUGGGAGGUCUGAUUACAGUGAAGACUGUCUCUAUCUCAAUAUUUUCACGCCACAACGCGAUACUGAAGAAUUAUCACCAGUAAUGGUAUUCAUUCAUGGCGGUAACUUUAUACAAGGUACUGGAUCUGACCAGUCUGGUGACGUCAUUGCAGCUUACGGUGAUAUCACUGUGGUAACUUUCAACCACCGUCUAGGUGCACUAGGAUUUCUUGAAAGUGAAGAAAAUAACUUGCCCGGUAACUAUGCACUUCAAGAUAUUCUGACUGCACUGGAAUGGGUCAAAGGAGAUAUUCAAUAUUUUGGCGGUGACCCAGAUGCUAUAACAUUGGCCGGUUUGGGCGCUGGUGGAAUCAGUCUCCAUUAUUUGAUGACGUCAUCUCUCUCUGCAAAUCUUUUUCAUCGUGCGAUACUUUUUAGCGCCCCUGGCAUUGAUCCAAUGAAUAUGGACGUAAAUCGGGCAGAAUCCCAACGACUUAUCAGGCGCCUUGAUUGUGAAAACGAGAACACCAACCAACUACUAAGGUGUUUACGUCGAGUUAAUGUAUCCGAUCUGAUUGUUUCCCCCGAUUUGGGAAAGCUUUCGUUUCAUCCUGUCGUUGAUGGCACUGUUUUGGUGGGAAGUGCUCUGCAAACACUUAAAUCACCUAACUAUAUUGCACGUGAUGUAUUAAUAGGUAUGACUGAUUCUGAGUUGGUUAAACUGUUAUUACCAUAUACACGUGGGUCUGACAUGACGAUGGAGCUUGAGACACUAUCGACUUUUAUUGAGAAUACUGUUCUAUUAAAUGACGCAAAAGAGAACCGUUUACUGGUUAAUUCUAUCAUGCAAAAAUACACUCGUAUUUCGAAAGACACAGACGAAGUGAGGACCUCUCAAACAGCCCUGAAUAUCUUAAAUGAUUACGCAGUGUAUGUUCCAAAUAUACAACGAGCCAAUCUUCACAGCACUGCGGGUGCAAACGUGUAUAUAUACUACUAUACACAGAGGCUAUCACAUGCCAAGCUGCCUUCAUGGAUUGGUUCAGCUCAUGGUGAUGACGUCAGUCUAGUGUUCGGGGAACCUUUUUAUGUAGGACCUCGGAGACCGACUUAUUUUAAUGACCAGGAAAGGACGGUGUCCCUAAAUCUGAUGUCUUAUGUAACGAAUUUUGUGAAAUUUGGGAAUCCAAACAUCGACAAAGCGAUACCAAUCGAAUGGCCUAAAUAUAACGUAAGUUACCCGUAUUAUUUAGACAUCGACAUAUGUCCUACAGUUGAGAAGAAUUUGAAACCUCUUGAGGUGGAAUUCUGGAGUAACUUAGUACCACAAAUCAUCGAAGCUACCAAGAAAGAAGAACUGGAAGAGCAAGAAGACGACACACCAGUUUAUAUUAGUGGGCUAACGCACCAGCAGGCUGUGAGCCUAAUGGAAGCACUGAUUGUUGUUGUAUGUGCUGUGUGUGUUGUAUUUAUAGUAACCGUUUCUUUAAUGUGCGGAUAUGUACACAAGUUAAAACGUCACUCCCGUCUUGGUAAUAAACACACCAGGUUACCCAGUAUUAACGAACAAGACUUUUCAACGUCAAUGUGAAUUUAAAAAUAUAUCUGGCAAUGGCUUAAAUUCGCCAUGUGAUUGACUUGGGCCCAGAACAUGAAUAACAUGUAGUAAUAAUAAAUCAUUAGUUAUGCUGAAAAACAAUACAUCAAAAUAAUAAUCUUUCUUGGAGCACGUAAUUUUCAUUUGAACUUUUUAUGGUCAUAAAUGAUCCGAUUACGCCUUUUUGCAAGGAUCACGCGACAAGGCGUCAUAAUGACGUAAAUGUAUGACAGGAGUGUCAAAGUGACAGCUGUAUUAGUUAAGUUAUUGAGCAUUAAGCAUAUAAAAUCUCUCAAGUAUUUUUUUUUUCACGGACGACUUCAGCUGAAAACGAUUUCUACAAUAUGAACGACCUUUCUUACAUCUAUU